GCGGUGCGUAAGGAGCUGGCCGUCGGCGGCCGUCCUCCGUAAGAUGGCGGAUCGGCGGCGGCAGCGCGCUUCGCAGGACACGGAGGACGAGGAGUCUGGUGCUUCGGGCUCAGACAGCGGCGGCUCCCCGGCGCGGGGCGGCGGGAGCUGCAGCGGUAGCGCUGGAGGCGGUGGCAGUGGCUCUCUGCCUUCCCAGCGCGGAGGCCGAGCUGGGGCCCUUCAUCUGCGGCGGGUGGAGAGCGGGGGGGCUAAGAGCGCCGAGGAGUCGGAAUGUGAGAGUGAAGAUGGCAUCGAGGGCGAUGCUGUUCUGUCGGAUUAUGAAAGUGCAGAAGACUCUGAAGGUGAAGAAGGGGAAUACAGUGAAGAGGAAAACUCCAAAGUAGAGCUGAAAUCAGAAGCCAAUGAUGCUGCUAAUUCUUCGGCAAAAGAAGAGAAGGGAGAAGAAAAGCCUGACACCAAAGGCACUGUGACUGGAGAGAGGCAGAGUGGGGAUGGACAGGAGAGCACAGAACCUGUGGAGAACAAAGUGGGUAAAAAGGGCCCUAAGCAUUUGGAUGAUGAUGAAGAUCGGAAGAACCCAGCCUACAUCCCCCGGAAAGGGCUCUUUUUUGAGCAUGAUCUUCGAGGGCAAACACAGGAGGAGGAAGUCAGACCCAAGGGGCGUCAGCGAAAGCUAUGGAAGGAUGAGGGUCGCUGGGAGCAUGACAAGUUCCGGGAAGAUGAACAAGCUCCAAAGUCCCGACAGGAGCUCAUUGCUCUUUAUGGCUAUGACAUCCGCUCAGCUCACAAUCCUGAUGACAUCAAACCCCGAAGAAUCCGGAAACCCAGGUUUGGGAGCCCUCCACAGAGAGAUCCAAACUGGAUUAUUGAGCGGCCAAACAAGUCCCAUCGCCACCAGGGUCCUGGGGGCACCCUACCACCAAGGACAUUUAUCAACAGGAAUGCUGCAGGGACUGGCCGAAUGUCUGCUCCCAGGAAUUACUCUCGAUCUGGGGGCUUUAAGGAAGGUCGUGCUGGUUUUAGGCCUGUGGAGGCUGGUGGGCAGCACGGUGGCCGUUGUGGUGAGACUGUUAAACAUGAAAGCAGUUACCGAUCACGGCGUCUAGAGCAGACUCCCGUGAGGGACCCAUCUCCAGAAGCUGAUGCUCAAGUGCUUGACAGUCCUGAGAAGGAGGAGGCGGCCUCAGAGAUACCAGCUGCUGCUCCCGAUGCUGCACCACCGGCCCCUGACAGGCCUGUUGAGAAGAAAUCCUACUCCCGGGCAAGAAGAACCAGAAUCAAAGCUGGAGAUGCAGUCAAGGUUGCAGAGGAGGUGCCCCCUCCACCCGAAGGGCUGAACCCAGCACCUCAAGUCCCAGAAACGACAACUCCUCCACCUGCUAAGACUGGAAACUGGGAGGCUCCAGUGGAUUCUGCUACAAGUGGACUUGAGCAAGACGUGGCACAACUAAAUAUAGCAGAACAGAAUUGGAGUCCAGGGCAGCCUUCGUUCCUGCAACCACGUGAGCUUCGGGGUAUGCCCAACCACAUACACAUGGGAGCAGGACCUCCACCUCAGUUUAACCGGAUGGAAGAAAUGGGUGUCCAGGGUGGGCGAGCCAAACGCUAUUCAUCUCAGCGGCAAAGACCUGUGCCAGAGCCCCCUGCUCCUCCUGUGCACAUCAGUAUCAUGGAGGGACAUUACUAUGAUCCACUGCAGUUCCAGGGACCAAUCUAUACCCAUGGUGACAGCCCUGCCCCACUGCCUCCUCAGGGCAUGAUUGUGCAGCCAGAAAUGCACCUUCCCCACCCAGGUUUACAUCCCCACCAGACACCGGCACCUCUGCCCAAUCCGGGCCUCUAUCCCCCACCAGUGUCCAUGUCUCCAGGACAGCCACCACCUCAGCAGUUGCUUGCUCCUACUUACUUUUCUGCUCCAGGCGUCAUGAACUUUGGUAAUCCCAGUUACCCUUAUGCUCCAGGGGCACUGCCUCCCCCACCGCCGCCUCAUCUGUAUCCUAAUACGCAGGCCCCAUCACAGGUAUAUGGAGGAGUGACCUACUAUAACCCCGCCCAGCAGCAGGUGCAGCCAAAGCCCUCCCCACCCCGGAGGACUCCCCAGCCAGUCACCAUCAAGCCCCCACCACCUGAGGUUGUAAGCAGGGGUUCCAGUUAAUAGGAGUUUCUAAAAAAUUUAAAUCAAACAUG